AAGGGAAUAUAUAAGAAGAGCGGCGGAGCUAAAGAAGAGAGUGGGCAUAGUAGACGAGAAAGGAGAAGAAGAGAAUCAUAAGAAAGCAAGAAAGAAAAUGGGAGUGGAGAAGCAGUUGUUGAGGCCUGGCACCGGUCCCAAGCCAAUUCCCGGUCAGAACGUCACCGUUCACUGCACUGGUUUCGGGAAGAACGGUGACCUUUCUCAGAAAUUCUGGAGCACCAAGGAUCCUGGCCAGGACCCUUUCACUUUCAAAAUCGGCCAAGGUUCUGUUAUCAAAGGAUGGGAUGAAGGUGUGCUUGGCAUGCAAAUUGGUGAAGUUGCUCGUCUCCGGUGCUCUCCGGAUUAUGCUUAUGGUGCUGGUGGCUUUCCUUCUUGGGGGAUACAGCCCAACUCUGUCUUGGAAUUUGAAAUCGAAGUCUUGAGUGCACAAUGAAAACCUUGGUAGUCUGUCUCUGUCCUAAGAAUAAAAUCAUCAUCCAUUUCCAUGGACUUGUAUUAUGGUAUCCCCACUUUGUGACUCGUGAGUGAUAUCUACAGUGGUUGAGUUGUUCAACUGAAAUACUAAAUAACUUUUGGAAUGAUCUCAAACUCUCUAAAUAUUAUAUUUGGUAGCCUUUACUUUCUUCCUCA